CCUACCUCAGUGCACCCCCUUCGCCCCCCAUCCCGUGCAGCCCUCCUCCCCCUCCCAUCUCUACUCCCCCCCCCCCCGCGCCUGUGCAUCCUCCUCCUUCCUCCUCCUCCUCCUGGCGAGGCGGCCGGAUCCCGAGCGGGGGCUGGGAGAUUCGCCCUGAGGAUGAAGAUGAUGGCAGGCGGCUCGGUGCACCAGAACGGCAUCUUCUCGGCCUCCCACCAGCAGCCCCAGCAGCCGCCGCCCCCCCACAUGGAAUCGGACCCCCCCGACUCCAGGAAGAGGCCCCUGGAGACCCCCACCGAGGCCAUCAGCACCAAGCGCAGCAACACAGGAGAAGAGGGCGAAUAUUUCCUCAAGGUCCUGAUCCCCAGCUAUGCGGCCGGCUCCAUCAUCGGGAAAGGAGGACAGACCAUUGUCCAGCUGCAGAAAGAGACGGGCGCCACCAUCAAGCUCUCCAAGUCUAAGGACUUCUACCCAGGCACCACAGAACGGGUGUGCCUCGUGCAGGGCACAGCCGAGGCCCUCAACGCCGUCCACAACUUCAUCGCCGAGAAGGUGCGCGAGAUCCCCCAGUCCGUGGUGAAGCCGGAGUCCGUCAACAUCCUGCAGCCGCAGACCACCAUGAACCCAGACCGCGCCAAGCAGGCCAAGCUGAUCGUCCCCAACAGCACAGCUGGGCUGAUCAUCGGCAAAGGGGGUGCCACGGUGAAGGCCAUCAUGGAGCAGUCGGGGGCCUGGGUGCAGCUGAGCCAGAAGCCGGAGGGCAUCAACCUGCAGGAGCGGGUGGUGACGGUCAGCGGGGAGCCCGAGCAGAUCCGCAAGGCGGUGGACAUCAUCGUGCAGAAAAUCCAGGAGGACCCACAGAGCAGCAGCUGCCUGAACAUCAGCUACGCCAACAUCACCGGCCCCGUGGCCAACUCCAACCCCACCGGCUCGCCCUACGCCAACUCCACGGACGUGCUGCCGGCCGCCGCCGCCGCCGCCACCGCCUCGGGCCUGCUGGGACACACCAGCCUGGCCGGCGUCGGGGCCUUCCCGGCGGCCCUGCCGGGCUUCUCCGGCAGCGACCUGCUGGCCAUCAGCACGGCCCUCAACACCUUGGCCAGUUACGGAUACAACACCAACUCCCUGGGGCUGGGGCUCAAUUCUGCCGCCGCCUCUGGCGUGCUGGCCGCCGUGGCGGCUGGCGCCAAUCCUGCCGCGGCCGCUGCCGCCAACCUCCUGGCCUCCUACGCCAGCGAUGCCUCCGCUAGCACCAGCACGCCAGCCGGCGCUGUGGGGGCCUUCACCUUGGGCUCCCUGGCGGCCGCCACCGGGGCGGCCAACGGCUACCUGGGCACAGCCUCGCCGCUGGUGGCCAGCUCCUUCCUGGCCACGGAGAAGUUAGUGGAGAGUGCCAAGGAUAUGGUGGAGAUCGCGGUGCCAGAGAAUCUGGUGGGGGCCAUCUUGGGCAAAGGGGGCAAGACGCUGGUGGAGUAUCAGGAGCUGACGGGCGCCCGGAUCCAGAUCUCCAAAAAGGGAGAGUUUAUCCCUGGCACCAGGAACCGUAAAGUCACCAUCACCGGCACGCCGGCAGCCACGCAGGCCGCCCAGUACCUCAUCAGCCAGCGAGUGACGUACGAGCAGGGGGUGCGAGCCACCAACCCGCAGAAAGUAGGGUAGGGCCGGAGGGAGUCACCAAAGGGAGAAAUCCAUUUUAAACGUCAAACAAACAAACAAACAGGCCCCUCUCCCCCACCCUGCCCAUCCCCCGCACGCCCCCAAACAUGCAUCCCCUCCAGUAGGGAGGGGUUCCCCCCCAAUCUAAUGACCAGCUCCGAUCCAGACGCGAUCUCCGGAUCGGCCCGCGGACCUUGCCGUGCGUUCUGUCUGAUAUGUAUAUAUUGCACUUCUUUUUUUUUAAUAGAAAAAGAAAAUGGGUCAAAUUUUCUCUUUAUUUCCUUUCUUUCUGGCCCCCCCCCAGCCAGACCUCCCCCACCCCCUGCUCUCUCUAUUCAGGGAGCAGAUCGCACUUUGGGGAGUGCAUCCACGUAAGACUGGGGGGGGAAUUGGAUUUUGAUCCAUAAUUGGGGGAGGGGUGAUUGGCGCUGAUCUGGACCCAUGUUGAGACGACGGGGGGUGGGGAACGGGGUCUUGGCGUGAGCCACAGUUGCCGUAAAUCCCCCACAUGCCCCCUCUGUAGCUGGGUCUUAUUGAACUUAAGCUGUGACGCGGCAUUUCACUGAUGCGUUUUAUUUUCGGCGUGUAGAUAGUCAAAUUGUGUUGAACUCGGGGUGGGAGGGGGGUGUUAAGUUAGGAUUGGGGGUGGGUUUUGUGGGCUGGGGGGGGUAGUUAUUCAUAUCUUCAGCAAAAGUGGGGGGACACACUCCCCCUCUUCCUCCAGAAAGAAAGCAACACGUUUUAAAAAUAUCUCUAGGUGCGUAACUGGAAAGGUGGCUGCGCUGUCCCCGUGGGGAGUGGGGGUGGGAGUCUGUCCAUGGCGUAGCCACAGGGCUGGGUUUUGUCGUCUCGCUCGGCAAUGUCUGCCAGACCGGAUGAUUGGAGGGUGGGGAGAUAAGGAGCAGAACAUGAAGCUGUGACAGCAUGCAUGGUGGUCUGUGAUGUAAUGUGGCGUAGGGGGCUACUUCCUGUGAUGUCAUAGGCUACUUCCUGUGGCACUACAAGUGUCUACCAGUGAUGUAGUAUGCUACUUCUUAUGGUGUAGGAGGCUACUUCUUGUGAUGUCAUAGGCUACUUCCUGUGACAUCACAAGCAUCUAUCAGUGAUGUGGUAUGCUCCUUCUUGUGGUGGAGGAGGCUAUUUCUUGUGAUGUGAUAGGCUACUUCCUGUGACAUCACAAGUGUCUAUCAGUGAUGUAGUAUGAUACUUCCUGUGGUGUAGGAGGCUACUUGCUGUGGUGUAAACGCCUGCCUGAGGCACGUCAGGCUGCUUCCUGUGAUGUCAUAGACUGCUUCCUGUGAUGUCAUAGCCUGCUUCCUGUGACAGACGGGGCCAAACCGUCCGGGUGUGGUUUUAUUUUCCUUCGGGGCUGUUCUGUAAAUGCUGGUGUCACAUCCAUCUAGGGAGGAAUCUCUCCCCCCACGCCCCCCGGGAACGCGAGCGGUGGAGCCCGUCCCGCCGGAGCAGCGACGGGGCAGGGAACCCAGCCAUCGCCGCCGCUCGCACAGGCCCCGGGCGGUUGGCAUGGCCAAGAAAGUGAAGCACUAGGCAGCCCUUCCUGCCGCUACCAUUCAGUAUUAAAGCCCGGCUGGGACGCUGGCUAUUUUCUCAGCCUCGGGGGUGGAUAUCGGUAUCUUCUCAAGCCGUGGACCUCACGACUGGCCCCGUUGCUCCAGGGAAGGGACAUGGCUCCUCUCCCUCUUCCUUAGAAACCCCCACCCCACUCCUGCCUCCCCCAGGAUCUCUUUGAUGCCUCAAGCAGUAUUAUCACCUUGAGCCAGCCAAGGGCUCCCCCUGCAGCGUGGAAAAGCCCUGGUUCACAUAUCAGCGACUCAGGGCAGUCCGUGAGAGCCGGAUGCCCAGUGGCCCUGGGCUAGUGCCGGGGUAUCCAUUAGCCCCUGGGCUAGCACUGGGGUCAGGCCCAGUAGCCCCUGGGCUAGUGCCAGGGUAUCCAUUAGCCCCUGGGCUAGCACUGGGGUCAGGCCCAGUAGCCCCUGGGCUAGUGCCAGGGUAUCCAUUAGCCCCUGGGCUAGCACUGGGGUCAGGCCCAGUAGCCCCUGGGCUAGUGCCAGGGUAUCCGGUAGCCGUUCUGUGAUCAAAUCCGUGGGGCCAUUCUCCACACUGUGUUUACAGCUGACCCCUUGUUAAUGCCCCGCUUUUGCCAGGGCCCUCCAGGGCUUCUGGAAACAGGGAUGUUUUCCUUUCCACCCGCCUCCACCCCUGUCUGCACUGGCUUGUUAUUGCAGGAUCCUUCGGAAGCUUUUUGGCUGAACAGGCUGGCUUGUUAGUGUAAUGUUGCUCCUGUGUGUCAGGCUUCUUCCACUGGUGUGUUAUUGUAGGGUUGCUCAGGAGCCCUGGGUUAUAUACCCUGGCUUGUUAUUGUAGGGUUGCUCAGAAGCCCUGGGUUGUAUACCCUGGCUUGUUAUUGUAGGGUUGCUCAGAAGCCCUGGGUUAUAUACCCUGGCUUGUUAUUGUAGGGUUGCUCAGAAGCCCUGGGUUGUAUACCCUGGCUUGUUAUUGUAGGGUUGUUCAGGAGCCCUGAGUUGUAUACCCUGGCUUGUUAUUGUAGGGUUGUUUGUGAUCCCGGGGCGGGUUUGUUAUUGGAGGGUUACUCACGAGCAUUGGAAGAGGCGGGAGUGAAAUGAGCAUAUCACCGGCGGCGGGUGGUGGGGGUGAGCGGCUCUGCGCCAGUGCUGUGCUCGGAGAGACCCCACCAGAGCCGGGCCCCUGUGCCUGGGGGGAGGGCCGUCGGCUUAAGUGCUUCAUAGGUCCCAAUGCAAUCACAGCCCCUAGAAGACCCCUCCCCCCGUCUGACCCCUGCAGGAACCCCAUUGCCUCCCCCGCCCUAGGGACCCCUCCCCAUCUGACCCUGUCACCCCCCCAACCCCAGUUAGCAUCGGCACUUAUCCCAUUAUCCUCCCUACCUGACACUGGCACUUACCCCAUAACGCCCCCACCCCAGAGCCCAAAGGAGCCCCCUCCCAAUGUGACACCGUCCAUUCACCCCCCACCCCAGGGGCGAGCUGUGGAUUUGUGCAAUAUUUUACCCUGGGAAGGAGAAUCUCUUCCUGACCCCCAGCUGGCCGUCAGCCUGGGCACAGGCGGGUUUGCUUUGCAUGGCCCUUUGCAGGCUCCAGAGCUCACCGGGAAGGUGCAUAAGAGGCACCGAGAGGGCAGCCGUGUCCACGUUGCUCCAGCAGGUAGAUGGUUGGACAGGAAUUGGGGACAGACUCAGGGGAAGGGGCUAGCGGUGGGUCUGGGAUGUGGGCGGUGGGGGGGUGGGGCCUGCAUGUUAGCUAGCAGAGAUCAAUCAUUUUCCAUUCGUUAGCCGGGGGGGCUGAGGGAGGGGGGGUUUGUAACCUUUUAAACUAGGGAACAAAACAAAUGUGAAAAUAUUUACUACUAAAAAGGAAGCAAUAUUUAAGUAGCAUCUUGCACUGAAUCUCGGAGGUGAGAUGAGAGGCAGAGAGGCAGGGCCAGGAGAGCCGGCCCUUUUACAUGGGUCGGGCCAGAUCCUGCGCUGGGGUCAAUAGGCCUUGCUCCGCCCCCGUGGGGAGCUCUGCCCAUUCCUGCCAGCUGUGGGAGCGUCCCGAAUGGUUCUGGGAUCUUUUGUGUCGAACAAAACGUGCUGCUGUAGCCUAUGACGGGGGUGUUGCAUAUCAAACUUUGCAAAGGGAGGCGGGAGGAGGGCUCGGGAGGUGGUUUUUGUGCCAAAAUAUUUGUCUGUCUUUUUCGAUACAUGCCUGCAUAGAGUGCCUGGGACAGCCCUUACUGGAAAUGCCAAGGUCAGAGCAGGGCUGCAAAGGGGCAACACCAGCUCACAGAGGGAUUACCCAAUUUAACCCCCAAACUACUCCAGUGGCCCAAGGCUAUUCUGGAAAACCUACCCCAUUGCUGGGUAAUACAAUUCUGGGGUGUUUUUAACAUGGCAUCCUUGUUAAAAAUACUACCGCCAUAUCCGAAAACACCACAGUAACACCACCCCAGUAACGCUACGAUAACCGGUAAAGUUUUCAGAAAGAUACCCGAAUAAAAGAACGACACCAAUACCCUAUAAUACUACAACACCCCGAAAUACUUCAGUAACACUACGAUAACCCAGAGUGUUUUCCUACAGGCACCCGUCCAAAAAUGCUCCGGUAAUAGGCUAAAGUACUUCAAUAGCAUUAACCUGAGCUUUCAGUCACUGUUGUAGCAGGCUAGAAGGAUACCUUUGUAAAGUGAAACGUUCCAGCAUUCUUCAAUACAGUACUGUCCCAAAUACUGGAAUAAAUAGAAUUAGUCGCAGUUGGUUAGAACCAAAAAUGGGAGUUAUUUUUAAGUUCUUAACACAAAACCAUUUGGGUUUGCUUGACAUGUCUAAUUUUGGGGGGAAAUUUUCUAAAGAUACUUUUCACGAACCCCCCCCCCCCCACCCCGAAUUUUGACUUGCCAUGUUUUCAUCCAGCCCCUUUGGAUUGACCAGCUUCCUCGCAAGGUGGAAUAGAUUAGGCAGCAUCAAAAAGGUAUUUUCCUGAACUUGCCCAUAUUUAACAAAAAAUACCCAAAAUUAUUAUUAUUGUUAUUAGAUGUAGAGCCCAGUUGGGGCCCAGGACCCCCUUGUGCCAGGCGCUGUACGUUUUUAUUACUAUUAGGUGUAUGAUGGUAGCAUCUGGGAGUCCCAGUCGUGGACCAGAUCUGCCAUGGACACAGAACAGAAAGACGGCGGCUGCUACUAUUAAAAAAACUACCCGGGCAAUUAGGAAGAUGAAAAAUCUGUCAGUUUUCAAAUGUGACGGGACAAAAAUACCUUCCAAAUUUUCCAAAUCCCAGUGAAAUUUACACAACAUUUCCUCCCCGCCCCCGCUGUUGGAGCUAACCUAGAGUGAGAUGUGGCAUUUGGGGCUAACACUUUACAGUGCCAUGGUGUUUUGGAUGAAUGCUAGGCUACCUGAAUCAAAAAUACUACAGCAUUCACCAAGCUCACCCCAAAUACUGCAGCAAUGUUACUAUGAAAGGCGUCAUAUUCAGACUAUUACUCUACAACGCUGGAGUAUUUUGGAUCCUCCCUGUACAGUGCUAGGAGACGCUUCUAAAAAUACUGUAGCAUUGUUCAUUAACCCAGCAAAAUGCUGCAGUAACAUUACUAUGAAUUGUACCCGACAGUGCUGUAGUGUUUGGGAUCACCAACAGAAUGCUAUAAGCCUACUGUUAUACUCCGCUAUUCAUCAAUGAUACUGGUGUAUUUUGGGGUCAUUCCUGUAGAAUGUUGUAAGAUGCCCUCCUAAAAACUCCUCUUGCAAAUCAUUACUCCAGCACUCACCAGGAAGCUCUCAAAAUGUUGUAGUAACAUUGUUUCAAGGUGCAGCAUUUGACAGGGUUGUUACUCAAAUACUGGAGUGUUUGUGGCUCAUCAGUAAAGGCAGUGAGGCCGAACGGGUAGAGAAUUGGAGUAGAACUGGGUUCUGUUCCCAGCUUGGCCUGCUGGGGGACAUUGGGCGUCCCAGCCCUGUGCCUCAGUUUCCCCAUUAGUAUAAUGGGCAUAAAGGUAGCGACCUCUUCUGCAGAGCACUUUGAGCUCUACAGAAGUAAUGGGCUAUACAAAAACUAGGUGGUAUUUAUUGCGCAAAGCAAACCCUUAGAAAAUACUAGUGUUCACCAGGACGCCCCAAAAUACUGCAGCAAGGUGUAGCAUCUUGGGGCUAAUAUGGAGUAUUCCAGGCCAUUCCUGAGGGGAUCCGUUCCCUAUGCGGCAUCUAUCUGAAAAAGACCCGACCGUUUUUUUGAAGUGCCAAACUUUUUAUUUAUAGAGAACAUGCAGCUAUUAAAGGGGGGGGGGGAAUGAAGUUUUUAGAUGUUCUACAAGAUUUAAAAAAAAAUUAAAAAAGGGAAAAAAUAAAAUAGAAAAAGAGACGUAAACGAUAGAUCAUGUUAGUGGAUCUGAACCCUGGGUCCUUUCUUAGCGGCUUUUAAAGAAAAUUAAAUAAAAUAAUAAAAAAAAUAGCAUAAUAAACUAAAAGAGAGAGUCCUAGGGCCAGGUUGCCCAAGGGCUUUAGACACCUAUCUGCAUCGUUAGGUGCCUAAAGCCCUUCGGCAACCUGGGCCCAGGUCUCUGGGCUAUCGCCUCAGCGACUAGGAAGUGAGACAUCUCCAUCGACAACGGUUUGCUGGCCCCGUGGCGUCCCGCCUCGCGGCUCCAGGGGACGACAAUGCAGUGUCUUGUAUCCCGUCCCCCCGGCCCUGCUGCUGUCUUGUGGCACAGGAGGUGGGGGCAAGGGCUGCAUUCGGCGGGCUGCACCUUCACCCGGGGUGUUGAGCUACCGGAGGGGAGUCGGGGCCACUCUUAACUUGGGUGGCUCAAGGGCGCGGGGACCGGAGGAGGGCGGCAGAGGCUGGAAUUUAUGGGUCGGGGAGAUGAGCGAGGGGCCCUUGGAAAUCAACCUGGGGCUGCCGUUGGUGCUGGCCGGGGGCUGCUUGGAAGCGGGAGAGCUGGCCUGCCUGCCAUGCAUGGGAUGCUCACCCAGCCAGCAGGCCCCUCCAGCCCCUCUAGUUUAGGCUUUAUCUAGUCCCGAUGCCUCCGCGUGCAUCAAAGCCAGGACUGUGGGGGGCGGAGGGGGAGGGGAAGAUCCCAAUUCCCCAUUGGCAUGUGGGGGGCUUUGGGGAGAUCAGCUCCCUGCCCAACUGGUGCAGAAGCCAUCUCUUCCUCCCCAGGUCCCUCCCAGGCCGGAGUGCCAGCCAGGGACUGGGGCUGGGCCCGGCCUGGUUGUGGGCCCCCUCUCCCUUUUCCCACCCUUCCCUCCAUCUAAACAGCAGCGGUUCUUGAAUGUGAUGGUUCCCUCCUGGACCCGCUUCUCCCCCACCCCAUUCCGGCUCCGGGAGCCUUCGCAGUGCCAAAUGGAAGUCGUCUUUCCUCUUCCCCAUCCUGCUCGGAAGGGCAGCAGCGGUGGAGGCAGAGCCAGGCUGUCCCCGCUCUCCCCGGCCUCCACCCUCAGCGGAACGUGGGGGGCGCUCUCGGGGCAGGAGGGCGAAUCUGAUUUGCUGAGCCCCGGCGCCCUCCCUUCCCUACCCCUCUUGUAUUUAAAGGCAAUAAAGUCUGAGACUCAAACAGGAGGGGCGGGAGUUGGGGGGGAAGCGGGUGGGAUUUGCUCUGAGCCCGAUCCGGGUCCUCCUGUGCUGUGCGUGAACACUUUAGGACACGGCAUCUCUCUGGGAGUGUACCACGCGCCCCGGGGGUGGGGGGAGUGCAGGAUCUCAGCUGGGAGGGGGGGGACAGACACCCCUGUCUUGUUUCCAUUUGCUCACCAGUACCUGUUCCCUUGCAUUUACCAUGUCACUGUUUGAUCUCCCAGAACGUGAUAUUGACCAGAGCAGAAGGAGGCACCAACACCUCUGUCCCCGAUCUCUGUGUUUGUCUCUCCUGCCUCCUCUCUCCAGUGCCAAGCAGUUCCCGAUCAUCCUAACUCCCUUUUAAUUUCUGUCCGGACAUCCAUUCGGAGCACCCCUCCAUACACAUCGAUGAGUUCAGACACACUCGCAACACACAAAUCUCUAUAAAUAUAUAUAGGCCAACUAUAUAUAUCUAUAUAUCAAAAAGCUAAUCAGCGAGGGACUAAAGACACAGUAGCCGGCUACCUCGGGACUGCUUUUCUAAAUCCACACUCAUCUUCUGUGCAUCGAGAACAUUUCUAAGCUGGUUGCUUUUCAGAGACAACCUGUCACCAAACUCUGCCUCAUCUGAACGGGAUUCAUCUCGAAUUUUUGUCGCUGCUGCGGAGAGCCAUCCUGUUUCCAACCACCGUCUCCUGAACUUCUGACCUCCACCCCACCCUCAUCUUGAACUUUUUAAUGCCCCACUCCUCCCCACCCCCCUUUUCUGUGUCCAUCAAAUCUGUUUUCUGGAUCCCCCCCAUCUUCCAUGUUAAAAAGACCAACAAAGCAAUUCUAUAUCUGAUAAUUCUCUUUCUAGAGCUAUAGAUAUAGAAAGGAAGCGAAGCAAAGACUGUUGAAUGGCCGCACGUCGGCUAUUAACCUGGACGAUCAGAGAUCAUCUCAUUUUUCCCAGGGAUGUGGGGUGGGGAAUGUUUUUUUUCCCCCCUUCCCUUUAAUCUCAUUGCUUCAUUGUAAAUACUCAGUUUUGUUCAAUUGUCAGAGGGGGAAACAUUUUGUGUUCGACGUCCAAGAGGAGCUGGUGCAUAAAAAUGUUGGUGCUUGGACGGCGAAUGUGGGGCGAAGCUGUCUCAGAGAGAGGCUCCCAAGGGAAAGGAAGCUUGGCCUGUGACCCUAACUGUCAGCCCCACGGCCGUUCCUGCAUCCAGCCAUUGCAAAUGGACUGACACGCAGCCCUGAGCUCAGCUAGAGGGGUGUCUCUGAACAGAUGAAAUUCUUUAGCUCCCUGGCGCAUCACUAAACCAGCUUCUCAGCUAGGGUGAAUCCAGCGGUUCUACUGAUGCCCUGGCGGCUGUGUUGACAGGUCCCAGCUGGGGAAGGCCGGAGACCCAGGAAGAAUAGCUGCUCUCGUUUCUUCUCAAGGGGAUGGGGAAGCGAGGUGAGGCAGGGACGAAACCGGGCAGGCCUUGCUGACGCAUUUCCUGCACCGAAAGUGGGUGGUUUGAGUGGGCUGGGAGUCAGGACUUUUGGGGUCUGUUCCCAGCUCCGGGAGUUAGGAUAGCGUAGGCACUAGAAGAGUGGGCACAGGAAGCCAGGUGUCCGGGGAUCUGCUGCCCCCUAGGAGGGCAGCGGGGUUUAGUGGAUAGAACAGGGGGAAGCAGAGAGGUUUCGGCGACCGGGUCACGACCCCAAUAGCCAUUUCAGCGCCCAAACAACGGCCAGAUCUAGAUGCUUAAGUCAAAGUCAAAUGCAAGUUAUGUGAAAGCGAAGGGCCUGAGAUCUAUGAUCUCUUCUGGCCUUCAACUCCCUGAAUUUUUCUUGGAUGGCAAAGCCCGUCCCAGGGAGACAGCUGAUCGCUUCCCCGGCCCCACAGCAGAAGAAUUCUGGAACUCUCCAAGCCCAGCACGUUUUAUGAAACAGCCUCUGGUCAUUUUUUCUCCCUCUCCAUUGACUCUCUCUUUAACGACCUAUUUAUUUAAAUCAUUCUUUAUUAUUUUUUUUCUGGGCAUGGGUGGGGGUGGGGGGGGGUGAUCUGCUAAAGGGAAGGGUCGAGACUAUAUGUCAUUGUUUUAAAGAGCCAAGACCUCCAUUACCAUGGCUAAGUAGCGAAAUCUGAGUGUUCCGGUAGGUUUGUGUGUGUAAAGUUGUGUAUUAACUUGUGCUUAGUGGAGUCAGCAUUUUUAGUGCUUAAUACUAUUAACUCAUUUCUGUCAUGAUAAAUGUUCAUUCACGGCAUCA